AUGGAGCCCACCUUGUCUGUGGGGUCGCUGUCCAAGCGCCACCAGCGCCUCACCCUGGACCCUGACAAGUUCGCCGGAAAGUCCCGGCGCGGCUUUACGCCAGAGCAGGUGGCAGAAUGCCGGGAGCUCUUCCAGAUCUUCGACAAGAACGGAGAUGGGGAAAUAGACCGGGCAGAGUUCCUGCCGAUGAUGAAGGCCUUGGGCUUAAAUUUGUCGGUGGCUGAGCUGGAGAUGUUCUUCAGCCGCAUGGACAGCGACGCAAGCGGCACCUUGGAGUUCGAGGAGCUGGUGCACUUCUUGGAAGGCGGGGACGUGGAGAUCGAGAGAGAGGUGGGGCUCCGACCCAGGUUUUCAGAUGCUGUGGAUGACGACGCUUUCAAGAAGUAUGUUCAAAAGGCCAUUGAGGAGGUCAAGAAGGCUGGGCAUUGGGAUGACAGUAAGAUCCCCCAGAUGAUGCUCAACUUGAAAGGAGAGGAGGUGGCUACCACAAGCUAUCUUGGCCGAAUGUUGGUGAACAGGAGGCUGAAGGGAAAGGGUGCCGUCAUAGAUCCCUCGAAUCAAGGCCUGGCCCCGGAUAGCUAUGCAGGGGGUUUGGAAAGCCAGGUAAAGCCUGUCUGCAUGGCCCCCGAGGGUUUCGUGUGGAUUUCAGAAGAGAACUGCGGAGGAAGAAGCUUGGGUGAAGAGCUGCCAGUCUUUCCAGGGGCUGGUGUCAUGGUCAGUGAGAAACUGGCCCUAGUUAAAGUGGGCCAGGACUGGGUAAAGGGACGUUUGGUGAAGGUGGAAGAUGUUCCGGACUACGUUGAGUCCUUGCGGAAGAGGUAUGAAGUGCCGACCCCAGUUCUCGCUGAGCUGAGCAAGGCGCUGGGCCCAGAGACUGCAGCUCUUGAAGUGGAGGGCGCCGAAGCAGGCAAAUCUCCGGAUGAUGCUCGCAUUUUGGCCGUCGACUACGAUGCCCAAGACGAGAGAUACAAGGAGUGGAAGGUCGUCUGCCAGGAGUGCGCAGAGUACCCCUUCAAGGACUGGCCGUUGGAGGGGCCAGUGUGCACUCACCACAUGCUAAAGCAGAUGCAGCGCGCAGGGGGCACGCCAAGGUCUUGGCUUCAGACCUGGGCCCGCUUCAAGCAAAUUCCUGAGAAUGAUCGCAUCAUGUUUGAAAUGCGGACAUUGGUGGAGGCAGUGGAGUACGGUGGAACCUAUGACCAGUUGAACCUGGCUUCCCUGGCAUCUUUUGAGUGCAUUUCAAGAAGGAUCAUGGCAAUCGUCGACGCCUUCGGCGCUGGUGGUGCGGGGAACCCUGAUUGGGGAGCUGCCAAGAUUUUUACUGGGUACAGAGGACCGGAGGACAUCGUGAUGCCCCAGCUAAAGCAGUGGGCCUCGAAGAAAGGCAAAGAAGAGGCCGAGCUGCACCAAGCUCGCACUAAGAUGCGGGAGCUUCGUCGUGGAGUAGUUACUGAAGAAGCCGCAGCAGCUGUUGCCGGGGGAGCUCUGCCUUCAGCUGCAGCCGCGAGGAUGCAAGAUGAUAUCCGGGAGACCGUGAAAGCGCUCAACUGGAUGAAUGGCUUUUCACCUUCUUUAGAAUUCGGGGGCCAGCCGGAUGACAUGCAGACGCAAGUCCUCGGCCGGGCCGUGCAUUUGACAAAGCUGGCGUGGGGCCCAGGCACUUUGCCCACGGUUCCACCUGAGGAGGCAGCCCUGCGGGAGCUGCUCAAAGGCAGAAGUGAGUAUGAGGACUCAUCUCUGCCAGUGACUUUGGCGCGCUUCGAGAUUGAGCGCAUCUCCUUGCCGGAGACGCUGGAAGGCGUCCCCGACGUGGCAGCUUUACUGCCAGCGGAGGCCCGUCAAUAUUUGGAGUCGCCGGAGCUUAUGGCCCGGGCGGGCCUCUUCUUUGUUCACAAAAGUGACAAGAAGAAGAUCCGACUCAUUGUGGAUGCCAGACCCGCCAACCGAAUAUUUAGAAGCCCGCCUUCCGUACGACUGUGCACAGCAGAAGGUUUCUCGCGAAUAGAGGUGGAGAUACCAGCCAAUCUGACGCCAGGAUCUGAAGCUUAUGAGGAGUACUUUCGUGAACGCGGCCUUCACUUUGGGCUGGCAGACGUCAAGGACUGUUUUCACAGGAUGCUAUCGGGGGAGUUUUGA